ACUUUGAAAGCUAAAUUUACAUUGUUUUGAAUGAAGCCAAAAGAAAACAAUUUUCAUCAUAAAUGCUUAUUUUUCCCUUAACACAGGCCCAUCAUCACGACCAUCACUAUGACCGAUGGGGACUAUGAUUAUCUGAUCAAACUCCUGGCCCUUGGAGAUUCAGGGGUAGGGAAGACAACAUUUCUUUAUCGAUACACAGACAAUAAAUUCAACCCCAAGUUCAUCACGACAGUAGGGAUAGACUUUCGGGAAAAACGUGUGGUUUACAACACGCAGGGACCAAAUGGGUCAACAGGGAAAGCAUUUAAGGUGCAUCUUCAGCUAUGGGACACUGCAGGACAAGAGCGAUUCCGGAGCCUCACUACGGCAUUCUUCAGAGACGCCAUGGGUUUCUUAUUAAUGUUUGACCUCACCAGUCAACAGAGCUUCUUAAAUGUCAGAAACUGGAUGAGCCAACUGCAAGCAAAUGCUUAUUGUGAAAAUCCAGAUAUAGUAUUAAUUGGCAACAAGGCAGACCUGCCAGACCAGAGGGAAGUCAAUGAACGGCAAGCCCGGGACCUGGCUGAAAAAUACGGCAUACCAUAUUUUGAAACAAGUGCAGCGACUGGCCAGAAUGUGGAAAAAGCUGUGGAAACCCUUCUGGACUUAAUAAUGAAACGAAUGGAACAGUGUGUAGAGAAGACCCACAUCCCCGACACCAUCAAUGGAAGCAGCUCUGGAAAGCUGGAUGGGGAAAAGCCAGCAGAGAAGAAAUGUGCCUGUUAGACUUUACCCCAGCCUCUGAUCAUCCAGAACCCCAGGCAAACGUCACUUCCAAAAAGAGCGACAAACCAUACAAUUUUUGUUGAGUAAACCGUGUAUAACGGCAUGUCUUUCUUUUCCUGCCAGAAAUUUAAAAAAACCUGAAUAGUCAACAGUGUUCAAAAGAGUUGACCAGUAAUCCCCAAGGCCCCUCCAAACAAGAUCAAAGAUUUCCCAGUGUCAUUGUACCAUCAUGGAUUCUCAAUUUGUUUUUUUCAUAAAGAAGAUGAACAUAGAAAGGAGUGUGAAAGAAGAGAUACCAGUGAGUUUUCCAUCAGAACCAAAAUUACCUUGUCACACUGGGGACAAGAAUAGGUUUCUGAAGGGAGAACACAGAAAGAUGGCUUGUUUUUUAAAGGUUGGAUUUACUAGUUACGUAGAUUCUGAUUUGGACUUUCAGGUUUGCAUUGAGGGGGACAUAUUAGCUAAAAGUGCAUACACAAUAAAGAAUUCUAAGUGGUUCAUUUAGAGUGACAUUACUAUGUAUAUCCUAUAAGCUGUGCUAGAAUGACAACAUUACUGAUAAAGUUACGAGAGGAUGAAUGUCAGACUUCUGACAAUAUGUAAGAGACUGUGUAAUAAUGCCAUUUGUAUAUUCUUAAUAAAUGGCAGAUAGACAAGAAUAGGACUGUGAAUGACAGAGGACAAGAAGAAGGCCCAGAGAGAGAGAUGAAGGUAUGGGAAAAUGGCAUUUGGACAACUGAAAUUAAAUGUGUCUCUUACAGAUGUCUGGGAGAAUUACUUAGCCAAAUUUCAGUCCAGCCAGUUGAAAGAUGACAUUAUUGGUUGGCAUUAAGAGAGUGUCCAGAGGUUUCCAUUCCCAGCACAGUUUUAGAAACUGGUCUAGUGCUCAGCUUCUGGUGUAGUGUUCAGCUUCACAUUUCACAUUUCUUAGCAAAUCAUGAUAAACAGUCACAAAGAGAAAUUAAAGAUUGCUGUUUAUUAAAUAUCUCUUUAUGAACUCAAGAAAAACUAUUUAGCCUUAAUUUUUUGGAUAAAAUAUGCUGAUGAUAUGAAAUAAAAAGUGACUAUUAAUUCUAGGUUUCUAAUUUACAAAGUACUAGAAACUCUGUAUCACAUUGCCCCCCUCCAGCCUACACCCACCCUUGGCUUUGACUCAACUGUAAAAACACUGGUGUGUCACUUUGUAGAUUAACAACUUCGGAAUUAUGAUGGAUCAAUUUUAUGGUCACUUAAUUUUCAUGUCAUUCAUCACAAAAAAGUUGAUGAUACCUCAUGCCAUAUUACAGUGUAUUUAGCAUCUGUUUUUAUUUUGCCUAAGGCAAAAUACCUAUGGGUGAACUAUAUUUGGGGGUUGGCAGAGAUGGAACUGUAUCCUGUCUCACCAAAAUUUGGUUAAUGGCUUUAUUUUUCCCAUAAUGCUGUCUUUUCUUUCUAAAAAUGAUCACAAAAGCAUUUUCCAUUGGCCUAUUCUUAUUACUGUGUCUAAUAUUACAUUGGUUUUUUAUUUUAGCUUCUGAUAAACAUAAGCCAUUCCUUUUAAACUUCAAGUGUUUCAGUCAAGUUUAUCAAUAACAAAGUCAUCAUACUUUAAGUUUUCUCUGUUUAUUAUGAGUAUAUGAUUUUUCUAAAGGCUAGUUCUUCUUUGUAGAAAAUUUUGCCAAUUAAACUGCACUUUUCUAGACUUUGUAUAUUUUUUGUUAAGUUACAAAUGUAGGAAACUCUAAAUCCCAGUCCCCCACCUUUAACCUCCUCUAUCAAACUCCAUCUGGUACAAAUCAGUUUUUGGAACACACAUCCAAGGGAGCAUCCAGCUGUAAGACCCAGAAAUGUGCCAUGAAUCAGGUAAUUUGGAAGCUUUUAAGUCAGUCCCUUAACAGACUAACACAGUCUCCAUGUUGGCUGCCCAGGUCCUGUGAUUCCUGUGUGAUGCCAACUUCUAAAACUGGUCAUGGGUGGGGUAUUCCCUCCCACGACGCUUUUCUCUUUGAUGCUCUUCAUGACCUCAGUGCCUGUGCCCAAAGGAUAUUAGAUAUUAGCUGACGUCAAAGAUGUUUCCUCUGGAAGGCAUAUGAGCAAAACCAAUGUAACCAUCGAAGUGGCAAAUUUUGGUGAAUUCUUGUGGUCAUUAUAUCGAUUUCUCCUUUGGAUUCAAAUUGUGAUGUCCCCUGCGUUUCCAUAAUAGGAAAUAUUUAGUCUUUCUAAAAAUCCAAAAUGCAUUCUAUUUUGGAUAUUUAUUUUUUCUAUUUAUUUUCCAGUUAUAUGAUUGAUUUGCUUAUGCCAAGAUUCUGUCACUGUCAGUUAUUUAACAAGCUUUUAGUUCAGGAGCUAUUUUAAGAUUAUUAUUUGAUAGCCAUAGCAUGAAGCAGAGGGUGAUGAUGCCUUUAAGUAUAGAACUAUUCCUAUAAAAAUAACAAUUAUUGGGUAAUAAUAUCAAGAGGAACAAAAUUAAAAACAGUCAAGAAUAUUAUUUUAAAAUAGUAUUAUACUUUUACAUACUUGAUCUAAAAUAUUUUAUUCUCUGUUGAGUUUGACUUAAGACCCUAAAGUCUAUGUAACCAUUACUAGUAACCAUUACUCUUUCAUUAUUUCAGAAUCAUUUAUUCCAUAUAAUUCAUGUUACAAUUUUAAAUUGAUUUGAAGUCAUGAAGUAUAAGACUGCUUUUGAAGAAUUGCAUUGUUAACACAUAGCAACAUGUGUUACGUAUUAUCUCCCAAAUGCUUUAGUAAGCCAUAUUUUAUUUUGGAGAAUUAUUUAAAAUGUACGUGAAGUUCUUUCCGAUAUAGAAACCAUUUCUGAAGUGUUUACACUGGUUUGAUGUUUACAUUGUCCUAAUACAGUGCCUCAGAUACCUCCAUGACCAAAUUUGUCUAUAGCCACAUAGCUCAAUUCCUAUAAUACCAUGGUAUAGGAAGGGCUCACAGAGACACUAGUGCAGCUAAAGUUAUUUUGUUGUCUUCAGCAAAGGGUAUAAGGAUAUUAUUCAAAUCCAAAGAUUAUUACCACCAUCUCUUGGUCACAUUUUGGGAAAUGGACAUUUCUUGAGACUCUAACUGUGAUUAGGUACAAGAUUACCUUUUAAUAUAAAAAAAAAAUCCUUUGGAAAAUUUAUCAGAAGUAGUUAAGAGAACAUGUCUGUCUUGUUGUGAUGAGGAUAAGAAGUCACAGAUUGGCAGAAAAAAUGCUGAGUACUGGAAAUUUAACUUGUGGGUCUUGACAUAAGACUUUUAAAACUCUGGCCAGUGACCACUCUAGCCAAGUUGCUAUCAUUUCCAUAUUAUCAACUAUCAUGCUACAAAUAAUUCAAAACCAGCAUUUUACUAAAGUAAAUAUUUUCCCUGUUGUUUUUAACCAGAUAGGGCAUUCUGGGUAUCAGUGAGUGCUUUGUUAUGCUUCUAGUACAAGUUAUUCUCUGCCAACCCAUUCAGAUAAGAAGGAUUGGGCAAGAGUUUUUCCAGCCCUUUCUUGUCUCCUUUAUGAAAGAGAGAAGCUUUGACCAUAACGAAGAACUGACUACAUUAAAAGACAGUUUAAUAACAGCUGAAGUAGUCUUUAAAGUGUAAAUAUUGUCCACUGUGAAUCAACAAAUUUGAUGAAGCUCAUACCCAUUCUCACCAAUGGAGUGGGUAUGUUAGUUAGAAGGAAAAGCAAUAUGUUUAAAAAGGUACAGUAUAUAACUAGGUGUAGAAUAUAACCUGGAACUACAAAUAUGAGGGAGAAUCCUCACCCAUAAAGAAUUUUGGAGUUUAAAACUCAAAUUAUAAAGAGAUUAUAUUGAAGUUUCUGGUUUCCUAACAUACUUAAUAUUAUUUUUUAAAAGGAAGAUCUGUGAGCUAUGUUAGCCAAAGCAAUAGAAAAGUAGUCCUUCACCUUCUACUCCCAAGCUUUAAAGCGUUAAAAGACGUCUAAUGUUUUUGAAUAUUUUAGGGAAAGCAUUAUCAUUUUUAAAGAUACCAAGAUGCUGUCUAUAUUUAAAACUAUUGUUUAGGAAUUCACCAAAAGCUAUAUUUUCUUCUUGAUCUUUGACCAAAAUGGUAUAAGCUUAUUUCUGGGAAGAGUGCUGAGCUCCUAAACAUGGAAAGUAGAGAAUAUGCCCUGAGUUGAGUGCUGUCUCAAUGUUGUAUAAAUCUAUAAAGAUAGUUGCCUCAUAAAGUAGAACUGUUAGAUGAAUAGGGAAUUUUAUAAACUUAUUGCCUUGGAGUUCUUGGGUAGAGACCCAGCCAUGAUGACACUGUUGAGUAAGAACUAUAAAGAAAGAUUAGAGAUUCAAGUUGUCUAAAUAGAGUUUCUAACUAUGGGAGAACAUGGAGAAGACCAUACUUAAAAGGCUGAUUUUUAUGUAGGAAAAAAAAAAAAAACCAAAA